UACUUCUCCAAGACGUCGGAGGUGGGAGCCAUAUACUGGAUUCCGAAGACGCAGCGAAGAGACAGACAGCCCGUUCACUUGGAAAAGACAGAAGUCGGGCACAACACAAACGUAGAAAAACUAGAAAGCUAGAUGUAAUGCUUGGAAGUUUAGUGACUAGACCAUCACAUUGGAAUCCUGCCAUUCUACAUUCUACGCGAGGAAAAGGAGAAGACAGCAGCUGUGACUUUGGAUGGCCAUAAUGACAGACCGUUGUUUAACCCCUCGUUGUUGGAUGGCUGUCACUGUGUAGCACUGGAGGCUGCUGGGUGGCUGUGUGUGGUGGGGAGUUCCUGAGAUCGCAGAGAAGAGAGAGGGGGACUAGCACUUACUCACGUAGAGGCACACACUCGCGCACACACACCUUCUCAGUGUAGCGCCGGGUGCAGCCGUGGUGCCAGCUAGCGUCUCAGGGAUUGUGCGUGCGGUUGUACAGUACCACAGGAUGAUGGUGGUGUGGUUGCCGUGGGGAUGGGCAUGGAGGACUGUACUGCUGGUGACUGGACUGGCUUCACUGAGCCCGGGGACUAAUGCCAACGUGUUGGACACCAUGUUACUGAGGAGCCCUGGGAGAGACCGGUCAGACAGUAGGUGGGAGAACGGUGGGAGUACAGCCCCGGCUCCAACACAGAGGAUCCUCUGGUGCCACUGUUACCACCACUGUCCUGAAGACUCGACCAACAAUACCUGCAGGACUGAUGGUUAUUGUUUCACCAUGGUGGAAGAUGAAGAAGGAAGUCUCCCUGUGCUGACCUCUGGGUGUCUGGGGCUGGUGGGUUCGGAGUUUCAGUGCAGGGACACAGGGAAUGCCCGUCAGAGGAGGGCUCUGGAGUGCUGUACAGACCAGGACUUCUGCAAUAAAGACCUGUAUCCUACUUUACCACCACCGAGGGCCCCUGAUUACGUGGACAGCAGUAUCCACCACAUGGCUCUCUUCAUCUCUGUCACAGUCUGCAGCAUCAUCCUGGCGCUCAUCAUCGUCUUCUGUUACUUCAGGUAUAAGCGUCAGGAGUCCCGGCCUCACUACAGUAUUGGUCUGGAGCAGGAUGAGACUUACAUUCCCCCUGGAGAGUCUCUGAAGGACCUAAUAGAACAGUCCCAGAGCUCUGGAUCAGGAUCAGGACUCCCCCUGCUGGUGCAGCGCACCAUAGCCAAGCAGAUUCAGAUGGUGAAGCAGAUAGGUAAGGGCCGCUACGGGGAGGUGUGGAUGGGUCGCUGGAGAGGAGAGAGAGUAGCUGUCAAAGUGUUCUUCACCACCGAGGAGGCCAGCUGGUUCAGAGAGACAGAGAUCUACCAAACUGUCCUCAUGAGACACGAGAACAUACUGGGCUUCAUAGCAGCGGACAUCAAGGGAACAGGCUCGUGGACCCAGCUCUACCUGAUCACAGACUACCAUGAGAGUGGCUCUCUGUACGACUACCUCAAGUCCACCACGCUAGACAUCAAGGCCAUGCUGCGGCUGGCCUACUCCUCAGUCUCAGGCCUCUGUCACCUCCACACAGAGAUCUUUGGCACCCAGGGCAAGCCGGCCAUCGCCCACAGAGACCUGAAGAGCAAGAACAUCCUGGUAAAGAAGAAUGGGGCCUGCUGCAUCGCAGACCUGGGUCUUGCCGUCAAAUUCAUCAGUGACACCAACGAGGUGGACAUCCCACCCAACACCAGGGUAGGCACAAAGCGCUAUAUGCCCCCAGAGGUGCUGGACGAGAGUCUGAACAGGAAACACUUUCAGUCCUACAUCAUGGCCGACAUGUACAGCUUCGGCCUCAUCCUCUGGGAGAUCGCCCGGCGCUGCGUAUCUGGAGGCAUCGUAGAGGAGUACCAGCUGCCCUACCAUGACCUGGUGUCCUCUGACCCCUCCUAUGAAGACAUGAGGGAGGUGGUGUGCACCAAGAGACAGAGACCCUCCUUCGCCAACCGCUGGAGCAGUGAUGAGUGUCUCAGACAGAUGGGGAAGCUGAUGACGGAGUGCUGGGCCCACAACCCUGCGUCUCGCCUCACUGCUCUGAGAGUGAAGAAGACCCUGGCCAAGAUGUCGGAGUCUCAGGACAUCAAACUGUGACACGCUGCUGCUCCUCCUGCCGCCACCUAGAGGCACUCAUCCCCUAGAGACAUGUCCUUGGCCUAGGGCCACUCUGCCAGGCCCACGGGAGGAGGGCAAGGCAGGAGAUAGAGAGAUUGAAAGUGAGAGAAAUGAGAAUGAGAGAGAGAGAGGGAAAGAGUGAGUGAGAGGGAAAGAGUGGGUUUUCCCCAGGUUCAGGGUCUGCUCUCUUCUUGCCCGUGCCACUGCCAAGACAGAGAGAGUCCCAGUGGGCAGUUUCUGUUCUGGGCCAGUCUGGUCUGAGCCGGUCUGGUCUGGUCUGGCAUUGCUUUCUGUGAAAGCGGAGUGGCUGUGUGAGUGAGGGAAAACACAAGGACAGACAGUACCCUCUGCAGGAGAGGAGUAGUCACUCCGUCCCUCAUGGCCAAGAGAGGGACGAGAAAGAGGAGUUCCUGCUCUGUGCAUCUAAAGCCAUAUAACAGUAUUGUUUUGUUUUGGCGGUAACAUUUUAUUACAACGAGCCACAGUAACCCCUUCAAAACCCUUCAGAACAAUGUCAGAAUGUUCAUGAAGCUUAAUGCCAUGUUUAAGACAUUGUUAUCUAGGGUUAUGAUUUCUAGUUCAAAUAAAGACCGUUUUUUCCCCCGUUGUGCUUCAGCAACUGGCCCUAUUUGUUUAUCUUUUUGCAACGGUAAAGAAAGCUCUGCAUACUGUUGGAAGGGAAGUCGAUCACUCAGUAAUUCUUGCAGCAUCACUACCCUACAAACCCAGGUAUUUGGUUCUAUUCAUCCAGGGAAACACAUUGCUUCAAUAUUGGCCAUUUGGCUAUCCAAAGGAGUCAUUCUUAAUCCCCCGAAAUGUCUCUUAAUCAAGGACUAACGAUAGGAGAAAAGGGUCAUCGUUAUGUUAUGAUUCUGAUGAAGCUGAUGGUUCAUUAAAAAGCAUGGGAGUGAUGUUACUGGGCAAUUCCAUGGUAACAGAGUGAUGCUGAGAAUCAGAUGUUCUACUUUCAAAUGCAUGUCAAACAAAAGCCAAUGAUUGCAAAGUUAAACAAACCAUGCAACGGAAGGACACAUUUGAUCAACUUCCACUUAAAAUGUAACAAAAACACAUUAACUUGAAGAACAGUGCAGAUGCUACAUUUGGUAACAGACUGUGACUGUGUGUUUCUUGUUUGACAUACAUUUUAAAGUGAAAACUCUUGAGUUACUUCAUGUGGAAUUGCCCUAAUCAGGCUACCUGAGACAUGCCAAUAAGAUGGACUCACUCAUGGUUGUCUUGCUACUAUAAUAUUCUCGUUUUCUCCCUCUCACAGAAUUGAAUUGUAAAUAACAAUGUUGAAAUGUAUUGAUAAUGAUGGACUUAAUAAUAAUGUUAAAUAUGUUUGGGUUGUUUGCCUUUGACUUGUGUACAGAAUAACUCACUGAGUGUCCACUAUGUUAUGUGCCUUAUUUAAUCUGUAUAUAUGUGUAUAAGAGAGUGUGUGUGGACCAGGAGAACAUUCCCUAAUAAAAUGCUGUCAGUCUCCA